ACUAGAACUUUGCGAAGCGAAAUAGUGGAGACUUUUUUGUAUUGCGAAGUUUUAUAUUUGAAAUAACUAAAAACUUGUAGAAUCUUCAAGAUGAAUCUGCAAAGAAUGAUAUACAAAGUUUGCGGGCAGCCUUUGAUAACAAACACCAAAAAUGUGUUUUCUGUUUUAUCCAUUCGACUAAAACAUGAUAAGAAUGAUCUUGAAGAACACAAAAAGAAAGUAAUGGCGCGAGGUUUGCCAGAGAAGAAACCCUUACCUGGUGUUAAAAGUAUAAUUCUUGUUGCAUCAGGUAAAGGAGGGGUUGGUAAAACAACAACUGCUGUAAAUCUAGCAUGUGCAAUGAAGGUGAUAGAGCCUGACAAAGAGAUAGGUUUGUUAGAUGCUGAUGUAUUUGGACCAUCUGUGCCUCUGAUGAUGAACAUUAGCGGAGAGCCUAUGUUGAAUGAUAACCACCUCAUUGAGCCCCUACUCAACUAUGGAGUUAAGUGUAUGUCAAUGGGUCUUCUAGUCUCCGGUGAGAAUGCGGUGGUGUGGCGCGGGCUGAUGGUGAUGCAGGCACUGGACAGGUUGACGAGACAUGUAGCAUGGGGCCCAUUAGACUGUCUCAUUGUCGAUACUCCGCCCGGCACGGGAGACACGCAUUUGUCACUUGCACAGAAUUUGCCAAUAGAUGGUGCAAUUGUUGUAACAACACCUCAAUCAGCCGCCCUACAAGUCACUAAACGCGGUGUUAAUAUGUUUGAAAAGUUAAAAGUUCCUAUCAUCGGCCUUGUGGAGAACAUGUCCCAUGCGAUGUGCUCAAAAUGUGGAACAAAGAACUUUAUAUUCGGCAACGAAACAAAGAAGACUGCAAAUGAGAUGCGCUUGGAUAUUAUAGAGAGUUUUGAAGUUGAUGCCAAUAUGUCUGAAUGCAUAAAUAGUGGUAAGCCAGCGAUAUAUGCAUUACCCGAUAGCACACAUGCAGAGAAGUAUAGACAGUUAGCCAACAGAGUGUUCAAAUACAUAGGGGAUAAGAAUAUAACGCACGCCAAAGCCAAGGAGCAGUAGAUCACAAAACAUUUACAAGUAGAUGUCGGUUUUUAUUUAUUUUUAAAUAUUUUACAAAUAUAUCAGUUAUAUAAAAGAUGUUCAUUUAACUUAUAAAAUAACUCUGAAUUAGAUAUUAUAAAAUAAAACAAAGAUUAAUAGAUUUAAAAAAUUUAUUUUCGUUUAGGAAUUUGACUCGUCACGACCAAAUGGUGUUUAUUUAAUAAAAAAAAAUACUAUAAAAAUAUUGUCUUUCGAAAUAAAUAUAAAAGUUUAUUUUAUAAAAAGCAAUCAGAUUAUUACAAUGGAAAAGCACUACCAGCCAGAGGCUCUUAUGGAUAUUCUAUAUUAUUCAAGUUUUAAUUUGAUAUGAAGACUGUAAAGAAAACUGAUCAGUUAUCAGAACAGCUUAUACCAUCUUUUAUAGUUUUGGAAUGUCCAUAUGAAUGAAUCAUAAGGAAUCUAGAUAAAGAAAAUUUAAAACUAUUCUUGUCAGAUACACUUAUACCUAAAAAUGUAAUCCUGUAUAUCACUGCUGAAUGUUAAAAUGAUUUAUAUCCUAUUAAUUUUCAAUACAUAUAUACACCUUUUUAAUAAUUAAAUAGAUUUUAGGUCAUUCAAAUCAAAACUAUACACAACCAGUCUUGAAUUUGCUGGUUUAUUCCGAACUUAUCACCAAUUGUCAUUUGUUAGGGAGAUAUUGUCAAAACUUGUAAUUACAGAAUCAGUAAAUAAGCAUGAUAAAAACAUUAAGCGAGGACAAAACAUUAUUAAAUGAUAUAAGAUUUGAUUUUUACUAUUGCAGUCAGUUUCUGGUACAUAUUCAAAUAUUUUUAUGGGUGCCACAUUUCAUUUACGGUCAAUUUAAAAAAAAUUAUAGAUUAUCAGAUAUGUGUAUACAUUGGAAUAAACAGUAUUAUGUAUAGAAAGCAUUUAAUUUUGAGAUCAUUUAAUUGUAAA